UCUCAUCAAAAUGAAAAAUAACUGACGUAUUGUUUAUUGUUUACAUCUAUUUUUUAAAAUUCAAACUUUCCUCAAAAUAAUCCCUUUAAACUAUUUUUAAGUGACCAAAAAUGAUUAACAAAACUAAAUAAAGUGAUUUAAUAGCAACAAGCAGUGAUUAAACCGCUCAAACUAUGGCAAGUUCGAUAAAUUCGUUUAGCGAACGGAUUGAGGAAUACGAAGUGCAUAAUUUACUUGGUAAAGGAGGUUUUGCUUCCGUUUAUAGAGCAAAAUGUUUAAAAACAGGGAUGAAUGUUGCUAUAAAAAUGAUCGAUAAAAAAUUAAUGCAAGCUGCUGGGAUGGUUUCAAGAGUCCGUCAAGAAGUUUCGAUUCAUUAUCGAUUAAAACACCCUUCGAUACUUGAGUUAUACACGUUUUUCGAGGAUCAAAACUAUGUUUAUUUAGUGUUGGAAUUGUGUCAUAAUGGGGAAUUACAACAGUAUUUAAAAAAACAUACUGAGCAUCAUGUUCUUUCGGAAUCCGAAGCAAGCAGUAUAAUGAGACAAGUAGUUGAAGGGGUACAAUAUCUUCACUCUCAUAAUAUUCUCCACCGAGAUAUGUCACUUUCAAAUCUCCUUUUAACAAAAGAUAUGCAAAUUAAAAUAGCUGAUUUUGGUUUAGCAACACAAUUAUCACGCCCGGAUGAAAAACACAUGACGAUGUGUGGAACUCCAAAUUUUAUAUCUCCAGAAGUGGCUUCUAGAGGAUCACAUGGUUUAGAGGCCGACGUUUGGAGUCUUGGGUGUUUGCUUUACACCCUUUUGGUUGGUACGCCACCUUUUGAUACUCAAGGUGUUAAAAGUACAUUAACCAGAGUUGUAAUGGCGAAUUAUCAGCUUCCAAAUUAUCUUUCUGUUGAAGCUAAAGAUUUAAUUAAUUCGUUAUUGCAAAAAAAUCCGAAAGAUCGGAUUCAUUUAACUCAAAUUCUUGAACAUCCUUUUAUAAAACGAGGUAAUUUAAGGAUAUCCUCGAAUUUAACUCACGAUAGUGGCGUUCACACCAUGUCCAGUAAAAGAGAGAGUGCUUUAAGUGAUGGGGUUUUAUUAGAUAGUUUACGUAAAUGUAAUAGUGAUUAUUUACCGGUUUUAAAUCAAAGCCCAAUUCCCAUCGAGUUAAAAUAUAAAGGAUCUCAAAGCGUAGAUCACUUAACAAAUCAUUUUGGGUCAUCUCAAUUAAUUGAGGAGCAACAAAAAGUUUCUGUGUUCUCUCAAGGAUACGGUUGCAUUGGGAGAAGUCAAUGUAGUCAAAAAUGUUGUCAACCGAACGAUCCGGGUGGAGGUAAAGUCUCUGUGAUGUCCACCUCUGAAAAUAUUCGACAUAGUUCAAAAAAUUUACAAAAACUUUGUAGCCAUCGACUUUUACCUACAAGGCAUCAAACGAAAAACGCAAUCUUGAGUAUUUUGGAUGAUUCCGAAGUUUGUGUUGAGUUUAUUAAAAAGAGGGGUCAUUUAAAACGCGAAUUAGUUUGUGAAGUUUGCCGAAUAUCGCCUGAUGGUGAAAGAAUAAUCCUUUAUGAACCCGAAAACGGAAAAGGUACAUCUGUAACAAGUUCAGUCCCCGAAUUACCACGACAAGGAACCGAUAACAUCUUUAGUUUUGAAAAUCUCCCAGAAAAACACUGGAAAAAAUAUAUGUACGCAUUUAAAUUUGUCGAAUUGGUCCGAGCGAAAACCCCAAAAGUCACUUAUUACACUGACAAAGCCAAGUGUCUCUUAAUGGAGAAUUUGGUUGAUUUUGAAGCUUGUUUUUAUGAAGGUGGGAAGGUUACAUCAUCUUCAAAUGAAGGAGUUACAAUAAUCGAUUCUGUAGGAACUAGAUUAAAUUUUAAAAGUAAUGAUCAAACUGAUUUACCAACAUCUUUAAAUUUGUUAUGGAUUCACGCACAAGAAGCUAAAAAUCAUUGUUGUUUAUUGGAACGAACUUUAAAUGAAUUACCUGGUCAGAAAAACUUCCCAAUUAUCGUGGGUAGAAGACCAAAUUCGAAUUUAAAUGGAACACCAGGGAAAGAAAAUCGAACACAACCACUCAUGCCAUCAUUUAACAUGACUUCAAUCAAUACAUCAACUCCAACUUCUGUGAACUGUAAAAACGUUCAAUCUAAAUCGGUAAGUAUUCCUGGAAUUGGCACAGCAAUUCAAUUGGCAAGCGGAGAAGUUAAAGUGCGUUAUCCGGACGGGUCUCAAAUUUGGGUCGACGGUAAACACAAUGUGCAAUUUCAAUACGCCGAUGGAAAAUUGGUGAGUUAUGGAAAUUCUGAUAAUAUUCCGCGACAAAUCGUCGAAAAAUUACAACACAUGCCAAUCGUUUUGAGACACUUAAUGCCAACGUCUUCAGUUUCACACAAAACUAGAUUAAGAUAAUAAAGGGUAAAAAAAUUGAUUAGGUUUUAGAGGAUGUUAUAUUGUAUAAGUAUAGUUUUUUAAUAAUAAUAAAAUAGUUUUACAAUAAUUUAUUAUAAGGAAAUUGUUUCUGAGUUAAGUUUACAAUUAAGAUUAUUUCAUAAAUAAAUAUCUAAAAUUUAUCGUUUAAAUAAG